CUCGCAAGAGAAGGUGGGAAAAGAGACACCAGUAGAGGGACCAACAACCGAGAGACAGUACGUAGGCGUCCAUGAGUACGCUUUGCAGCAGCAACUUUGCUGUUUAGACGAGGAUGAGAAAUGUGAGGGACGAGUGCAGCUUCUAGAGAGGAAGUGUGACAUUCACUUCCUCCAUCACUGACUUUUUCAAGAAGAUGGCUCCUGCGUCGUCCACGGUGCUCAUUUCGCCUCGUGGUGCCAUUCCCCGAUGGCGGAUAGGACCACAACGGGUGAGCGGGUGGAAACCAGCCACCGUGGGGCAAGGCCGAUUGCGAGUGGUGGUCCAGUCUUGCUCUUCACACGACCCGACCGUGGUGAGAACCCGAGGUGGCUCCGUCCUUGGAGACGGACAUCUGCAACUACAUUUAAGGCUCAGCUUUCAUUGGUCAUUGGGGUCGGUCACUGAGAUCGAAGAAGCGACCCAUUGAAAGAACAUGGGAAGAUGAAGGGAAUAAAGGGGAGAGCUUUGAAGGUGGUCGCUUCCGUUGUUCAGCAUUAGUGGCCACUGCCUGCUGACCUUUAAUGCAUCAUCCUCGAAGGUUUUUCACAACUUCUACCAACAACUCGCCUCCUCCGAGUAUCGCUGAGGGAACCUGGCCAGAGUUCUUAUCGAAGGAAAGUUGCACGGCACCACCUGGUGAUGAUGGUGUCACCACGAGUGCAGAUAGUUGUAUUGCUGGACAAGAAGCAGACGGAACUGGAUCGUCGAGUUCCUCGAGUUCUUCAACGUCAACAGCUUCUGUACCUGCAAAGCUGACCAAAGUCCAUGAGCGCUGGUUUGUCGUCCCUGCAAGUUUCCUUGUUCAAGGAUCGGUUGGCUCCGUUUAUGCCUGGUCGUUGUGGAAUGCGCCGUUGACAACUAGUUUGGGCGUCGUCGCUUCGGCCGGAAGUGAUUGGGCAUUACAACAAAGCGUAAUGAAUUUUACGACAAUGGCUUGUUCUCUAGGCGUGACGACGUUCUUUUUGGGGCCUUAAGGCUAGGAAUAAAAAUUGUGAUUCAGCUUGUGCAUGUUCGGCACGACGUUCCGUUCCAUCAUGACUACGUAUUGAGAAUAUUGCUUGUUGGAGAGACGGGCGCCAACUGAAGUAGUAAACUACAAAGGAUGGGUCGUGAACGUGAUGCGAAUGUAGUAUCUGAACUAAGUUCCAUGGGCAGAGCGCGCCGGACCCAGGUAUACAGCAACAGUGUCCGCUCUGGCCUACACAGCGAGUUUUUGUACGUGUGGCGCAGCUGUAUCACUGCACUCACUGCCGCUGCUCUAUUGCGGUGGCGUCCUAGGGGGAAUCGGUUGGGGACUUGGUUACAUAUCUCCGGUUUCGACCUUGCUAAAAUGGUUUCCAGACCGCAGAGGCUUGGCAGGCGGCUUAGCCUUAUCUGCAUUUGGAGCAGGAGCAGCCAUUGCGGCACCAUUAAUUCGAGGAGGCUUGGAUUAUUUCAAGUUAAGGAUUCUCUUUCUCAGAUUCACGUUAACAACAACACCAAGAAAUAAUUUUCGUUUUUUGAGUAAGAAUAAGUAUAAUUCUCAUAUCUGAAGAAGAGCAGACUAAAGUCGUCGUUCUCGUUUCAACUUCUACCUUAUGUUGAUUCUAAGCUAGAAGCCGCCAGUUCGUGCUCCCCUUGACGCGGUGAUUCGUACCGAUGUCUCAACGGGAACGCAGUAUUUUGGGGAGCAGGAGGUAGUGUACGCCACGAAAGCAGAUCUUUUGUCUUGGAAUAAGCAUCUGCUGGAUAGUCUAGACACUCUGGAAGCCAGUGGCGUGAACAUAAAUCCGGAGACAGCGGCAAAAGAAGUUCAAAGCUUUCUUGGAGAGGGAUUUUAUCUAGUUGCUAUGGAAAUAGAAUCUUUGUUCGUAUGCAGCUCAUGUUAUUUGCUCCUGUUCGCAAUCGCAUUUGCAUAGUGUUGGAUUCUAGGGACUGGACGUAGGAGCAGUCUUCUGGGUUGAUUUAUAUGAUACAGCAUCAUUGUGAUUGCCCGUCAUAACGGAGAUUUGGAACUUGUCUCACCUCUACUAUUUCUAACUGCUGCACCGGCGAUUCUGGAGCUGCUGGGAUUUUUUUUUGCCUAGCAGGUUUUUACGGUGUAAGUAUGCUGGCUGGCGCCUCGCUCCUCCGAACGCCUCCGGCCAAUUGGGGAGCUGCUGUGCUGAAGAGCUAUGCCGAUGCUGAGCAGCGGAAGCACUCAUUAUGCCUGCUGGAAAUUUGCACAGAAUAGAUAUUUAUAGGGUUAGGGGAGUAGUAGUAGACUUCGCGCUGCCAUCGAAGGCGGCGGCACGCACGCCAGCAGCCAACGCACGAAGCCCGCCCGCCUGCCUUGCCUCUUGCGCGCGCCGAACGAAGAGGGGCCGCAGCAGUGGGGGUGCUGUCAAUGGAGGCCUGUCAGAUGCCGCGAUUAUUCGCCGAGGGCCGGGCGCUGGAGGCGCUCGCGCGUCGAACAAGCACGGGCGGAACUUUAGGGGCCAAGAGUUUCCUCCCGAUCGCUCUAUCUCAAAAGGCGGCGGCGAAGGUUUUGGCGCGGUCUGUCAGCUUUCCGGCCUACUUCGAUGGGGCGAAGGAGGUGGCGGGCUUUCCUUGUGCGUAGUGGAAUGAGCGGGCGAGAGGUGUCGGACCGACGCCGCGCUGGCGCAGCUCGUGCCGGUUCCCAGUUAUGCAGUAACUAAGCAACAGGCCACCUACGCAUGAUUCUCUCUUGAUAUUUAGUCUUACCUCUAAUACCACAAGCAAUCGGCUCUCUCGCGUCGAAGAAGUUCUCCCUUUCUGGAACAUCAUCGACAAGGCUGUCUGGUCUCACGGGCAAAGACAAGCGCAUGACGCUAGCAACCCAGGCAAGCCAAGGCGUCGUCACUGCUCAAGGGUUAAGGCUGCUCUUCUGUCCAUGAAGCUUCUACCAAGUAACCGCCUUUUAUAUUUCUCAGUCUGCUCUGUCUCAGGCACUCGCGCUGCGGCAUCAAACAGAAAAUAUGUAGUUGAGAUCAUCGAUAUUGAGUUGUAAGGAAAAAUCGGUCUGCAUCUUGACUCACCACGACUUCCUUCUGAAAUCAUCUGAGUAACGCUCGAACUGAGUACAGCUCAAUUUCCGCUACCCUACUCUAAUUCUCGCUCUCAGUACAGCUCAGUUUCCGUUACUCUGGGGCGUGCUCUUUUGUUACGCAACCGGCGGAAUGGCUCUUCUGUCUACAGCCAGCACAGUGGUCUCAGAAUCUUUUGCGCCGCUUUUGCCUCAAAUUGUGAGUGCGUCUUUCGCGGCCAGCUAUGUUAGCGCACUCAGCCUAUCGAAUUCAGCGGGAAGAUUGUGUUGUUAAGACUGAAGAGCUCACUCUUCUAACUCAUCAGACAAAACAAGGAGUUCUGGAAGCAUACAGCAGCAGCAAUGGACUAAUAUUAAAAGGAUAGAAAAAAACAUAACCAACAGCGUCCCCUCCAACCUUCGAAUCAAAAUGAAAAACACUGGAACCAAAAACACUUGGACCAAGAACACACCUGAACCAAAAACGCACUCGAACCAAAAAAACACUGCAGCAGCAGAAACGUGGGCCCAUGGAUGAACUCACGAAGUCAUGAGCUAUCAAGAGCUCAUGGGCCACGGCAUAGCAAAGAUUUAAGCAAGUAAAAGCUUAAAACUUUAUUCUAGGCCAUAAAAUUCAAAGUUUUUGGAUUUUCAGAAUUUCAAACUUGAAACGCUUCACUCAAAAGCUUUGAGUUUAUCACUGGAAAAUGAAUUUCAAAAAAUAUUUAAGCAAGGAUGGGUUUUAAGCUUGAUUCUAGGUGAUAAAAUUACCAAUUCUUGGACGUUCAACAUUUCAAAUUUGAAAUUUAUGAACUCAAAUUCAAAACUUUUGACUAUAUAAUAGACAACAAACAAAUUCAGACUCAAACAUAUCUAGGCAGAGAGGAGCUUUAAGACUGAUUUUAGGUGUCAACAGUAAUAGUUUUUGGGUUUCCGAAAUUUCUCAUUUGAAACUCAAGGUUUCAAAUUCAAAACUUUUGAUUUUAUCCAUGAAAAAUGAAUUUAAAAAAACGCGAAGAACAGUGCACGCAGGCCGCAAAAACGUCAACCAAACCCGGCCGCGCCUCACCGCCAGGCGCUACCUACGCGCAGUCGCCGCCGCCUGCAGCACAACGCCCCCGGCAUGCCACAAAAGCCGCAGCUGGCGGGGACUGUGGCGACCGGACACACCAUAGUCGAUCGCAAUGAAGACCAUAGCACCACACACACAGAGCACAAAGAAAUCCGGCGGGAUCGUACGCGUCGCUCGGAGCGCAUCAAAACAAACAAACAAUUGAAAAAAAAACAAACUCAAAGUUCUAAAUUUUAUCAAUAGCGAACCAAUUUUGAAAAAGUCUCAAACUUUCCGGGAAAUGAUCUGCAGCGGUUUUUUUUUGAGUACCACCACGCCCCCGCCCCGACUCCUUUCACGCUGAUCAACUCCGCCCGACGGUUGUCGGGCGGGGAAGGAGCCGGGGAAGCGCAAGCACGCCGAAACGGAGGAAGGGCGUAUAGGGGGUUGGGGACUCUAGUGUGAGGAGUGCUCAACUCUAGUAGAGUAGUUCUCUCCCAAGGCAUAUUACACUGUUGCUUAUUAUAGAUUGUAUUGCAGCUUGUGCUAGCGUAGUUACACUUAAGUAGCAUAAGAUCAUCUACAACAUCUGGUAUGAUUCACUUUCACCACGUCUAAUUUUUGAGCAUUUCGAGCGACACCAUCGGACGAAGAUGUACCUACUUCGUUUUCUCGCAGAUGGGUGUUCUUUCCGUGCUACUCCUGCCACGGCUCAAUAAGGCUUCGGCAGCUGUGUUAACGCCACUACAAGUAGACCCUGCAUUAAACGCGGCGUCCGACGCAACGAGAAUUACUGCAGAAUCCUUGUCCCAGGCCAGUUUAGAUGCAGCUGUAGUCCAAAGUUUUGGGACCACGCCAUUCGCAAGUCUUGGCACAGCCUGCGGUAGUGUGCCGGAAGCAGGACCACUGUUUGCGUUUUGUGGUUUGACGUGCCUAGUGAUGAGUUUCUAUGGUGGAACGUUUUCGGUACUGCCAGGGUAUGUAGCGGACCUCUUCUCCGAAAAGCACGCUGGUGCGAUCCAUGGCCGUUUACUUACUGCAUGGAGCGCGGCUAGUAUUGCGGGACCACAGACUUUGGCCUUUCUGAGAGACCGAAGUUAUACGAAGGCGUGUCAGGAUUUGGUAUCUUUUUUGGGAACGAACCAAAACCAUUAGAACUGUAAUAUUAAAAACUUGAUAUUAAAAUUAAUGAACUGUAAUAUUAAAAACUUGAUGUAUGUUAAACUUAGUAGAGUUAAUGUCAGUCGUUAUUCUGGCGAGAAAAAGUUAUGUCUUCAUAAUAAACACUCUGACUUCUCUAUGUUUAGUUCUCGGUAAAAAACACACACACCACGUUCUUUGUUCUGCUUAUUCUUCUCGACGACCACAAGCACAAUUACAUGACCACAGGUAUCUCACGUUUCACCAGAAGCUUUUCUUGAGCGUUUUGGCGCUUCGACUGAGGAACUGGAUACCCUAGUUGGUGCAAAAACCGUCACUAUUCAACGGUUGUUGGACCUUUGUCCUGCUGGCACGCCUGAUCCUAGUAUUGUUAUGUUACCGGAUCUUCGUGAGGAGCCUAGAGCUCAGGGUUUACUAGGGAUUCCUCAUGUGGGAAUAAGAGGGGUUUGGAAAGUAGCGAGGAGCCUAGAUCUCAGGGUUUAGGGGUUCCUCAUAUGGGAAUAACAGGGGUUUGGAAAGUAGUGAGGAGCCUAGAUCUCAGUAGGGAUUCCUCAUGUGCAUGUGGGAAUAACAGGGGUUUGGAAAGUAACAGGGGUUUGGAAAGAACAUCACAUAGAUGAAGUAGAAUCUGUGGAGACCUUGUAAACUUUACAAACCUGUCGCAAGGCAUCUCCUGAGACACGAUAAAGAACUACUCCUCAUCUUUCCUCUCCUCUAAUGACACCCUAUACGACGAGAGUUUCUUGGGAAUAGCAAUUGCGCUCUCUCUUGGUGGCGCUUUCAAUUCCUUUAUAAGGCCAGUCGACCCGAAGCAUUUUCUUCCGGGCACUGGUAACAAUGCUGCUGGUGGAGCAGGUGGAGGGAAAAGCGGUGCUGUUGGAACUACAGGAGCAGAUGUUAUGGCGUCGACUGGUUGUGAUGUUGGCGUCGACUGACUCAGUGAUAUGUUGUGUUGUUCUGGCGUCGACUGACUCAGUGAUAUGUUGUGAUGUUGGCGUCGACUGACGGAGUCGUGAUAUGUUGUGAUGUUGGCGUCGAUUGACUCAGUGAUAUGUUGUUGUGUUGUUCCACUGUUAUGUUGUUCCACUACAAGAACUUGUCGUAUUAUGUGCUACAAGAACUUACCAAAAUGUAAAAUAAUAUCAAAACUAUAUUUUUAUAACAUAAAUAGUACAACCCCACAAGUUCUAAUACAAGCUCCAUCCAGACCAAGUUCGUAAGCGGACAAGAAUACAUUCCGAGUCGGAACGAAGAGGAUGGCGUUGUACCACUAGAUGCAGUAACGCGCAGAGCGUUGCGACGGGAUCCGACAUUCAGAAAGGGAAGGGACGAAAAAGGUGUACUGCGCAAACCAAGAUUGCCAGGGGGAGGGAUCACUCUGUGAUGCCAAGCUCAUCAGGAUCAUUCGCACACGUGAAGAUCAUCUCGCUACGAUAUCUGAAAGUGAAAGAACAAGAACAAGCACACGACAUCCAAGUCAAACUCAUUUUCAUCGACAAUCUUCACUCACAUCGAUCUUCGCUUUUUAUAACUACUGUUACCUUGUUUUCCAACGGACGGACUGAUCGAGGCGACACUGAAGUGGCCCUGGACGAUCAUGG